AUGGAAUUUUCAUUUGAUAUUAAUUAUAUAUUACCUUAUGGAGUAACAAUAUUCAAUGGAGAUUAUCGAGUUCUUAAUAAAGGACAAGCAACUCGAAUAUUUGCUUCCGAAAAAUUAACAUACGUUAUUGAUACUAUGGGUGAAGCGUCGUAUAGAGCUCAAGGAUUAUCAGGUGCAGUAACAACUGCACGUAAAUUUCGUAUAUCUGAUCAUCGUUUAUAUAUAAUUAAGAAAGCAAAUGAAAAUAAUAAUUUAGGUACUGUUAUUGGUAUACUUAAAGUUGGUACAAAACAUUUGUAUAUUUAUGAUACAAAUGGUAGAGUAAAUGAACGAACUCCAUUAUGUGUAUUAGAUUUUUAUGUUCAUGAAAGUAAACAAAGAUUAGGUUAUGGUAAACAAUUAUUCGAUACUAUGCUUGAAUUUGAAAAAUGUGCUCCUUAUGAAUUAGCUAUUGAUCGUCCAUCGAAUAAAUGUUUAGCAUUUCUUAAUAAACAUUAUCAUCUUUCAACACCAAUUCAUCAAGUUAAUAAUUUUGUUGUUUAUCCUGCUUUUUUUAAUCAAUCUCCUAUUUCUUUAAAUAGAAAGCCUUCGGCAUCAAAACAACAUACAGAAUCAAUUUCAUGGUUAUCACCAACAUCCGAAAGACAACAAUGUCGACCAUUUUCAGAACAAAUUGAUUUUAGUCGAAAUCAAAAAGUGAAAACAUUAUCAAAUGAAAAUGAUAUCUUUGGAAAUUAUCCACAACCUACAACCAUUCGAACUUUAUCUGUGAAAGAUGAACAUCAACCUCUAUCAUACUAUACAACUUCAUAUAAUCAACAUUAUAAUCAAACUGCUUUGUUACGUGAACAAACUAAUACAACUCAUUCAGCGUCAUAUAUUCCUCGAACAUAUUCUCAAAUAUUUAAUGAAAACAAUCCAUUUUUAGGUCUUCAACGAAAUAAUACUACGCCAAUAAUUUCUACAAAUGAUCAAUCAUCAUUAAUGAAUAAUUAUCGUCGAACUACUGAAACGAUUCCUCAUGUAUCUAAACCAGAAACACAUACAUCAGUUUAUACAUUUCCAUCAAUAAUGAAGUCAACGAAUAAUUGGCAUCAACAACAAUCAACUAUUGGUUCAUCUUCAUCAACAUGGAGACUUUUCGGUCUAUAA